UUUUUUCAGUUAUUCAUUCAAUGCUUAUCAAUAAAGAAUUGUUUAAAGGAUAUUUUAAACAAUUUAUGUCAAAUAAGGAAGUAUGGAAAAAAGUGAUUAAAUGUACUAUUGCUUAUGAAAUAGGGACGAUUAUCGCUUUAAUACCUCAAGUUUAUAAUAGCAAGGGAAUUGUUCCAUUUUUAAUACCUUUAGGUACUUUAUUUUUUAACGCAAGUGGCACUGCUGGCAAUCAAAUUGCAGAGAUGCUCUUGGACAUUAUCAUCAUUAUACCUGUAUGUAUUUGGUGCUCUAUUAUUAGUUAUCUUUGUACAAUUUAUAACAAGCGUUUGGCUGAAGUCCCUUCUUCAUCAUCACUUUAUAGUAAUGGUGCUGGUGUAAUAGCUUCUAUUGCUUUCUUUAUUUGUUUAUUUGCUAUUGGUUAUUUGCGAAUGAAGUAUCCUCGUCUAGCUAUUGCAACUUUAAUAGGCUCAGUGGUCCCGUUCUUUAGCUUAACAAAAGGAAUUUAUAAAACAGAAUUUAGUAUCAUGUCUAUUGUUGGUAUAUUUUAUCCAACAUUAAUAGGGGGUGGAAUUGCGUUAUUGAUCAAUUUAACUUUAUGGCCGGAAACUGCUGCAAAAGCUUCAGAAAUUUCGUUUGGAAAAGCAUUUAUAUCCGUACAAAAUGUUUUAGAGUACUUGAAUACUCAUGUAUUUUCAGAAGAGUGCUAUGCCUUUGAAGAUAGAUCAGUCACUAAACAAUUGCGUCAGAAUAUAAAUCAGUUAGAUGCUGAUAUCUCAAGAAUGAAGCGAGCAAAGAAUGAAGCUAAAUAUGAAAUUGUUCUUUCUUAUUAUUGCCCUACUUGGUAUAAACCUAUUGCAAAUAAAAUGGAAGACUUGUCACGUCAUUUUUUUGGACUUAUGCUAGCCUUUGAGCGAGAGAGUCAAAUAAUUACACAGCAAAGGAUAGAUUCUCAAUCAUUAUUAGUAUCCAGCAAUCGUACUCAUGAAAAUAGUGAGUAUUGUCAAAGAUUAAUAAGAAUGAGACAAGAUAAUAAUGAGAUGGAUGGUAGUGGAGUCGAUCAAGGAUCUUCAUAUCUCUCAAUGGAUGAUAAUACUACAAACAAAUUAAAUCAGGGAGAGGCUUCCAUUUCACGUGUUGAAUACAAACUAAUAUCUCAUCUUCAAUCGUCAAUUCAACCUGAAAUGAAAAAGUUCUUUCAAACAAGUUUAGAUUAUAUAAAAGCUAUUAGAUGUCACUUGGAGAAAGAGGAUGCUAUUCAACAACCAAUUCAAAACAAAAGUACUACACACAAAGAUCAAUCUUACAACUGUCGUCAUAAAGAAUUAGAGUGCAUCAUACAAAGCCUACAGGAAGCAAAAAUUAUCUUACAAAAUGAAUAUGAAAAGGGUCAAAAUCCAAAGGUGACUGAAGAUCAUUAUCUUAUUUAUACUGUUCUUUUUUCAUUAUCACAAAUUGGUGAGAAGCUUUUUGAACUAGAAAAGGAAGCGACGAAGCUUAUUCAAAAGCGUAGAUAUAAUCAGCGUUUUCCUACUCUAUUCUUUCCAAAGGUACCUUUCAAGAAAUGGCUUGGAAAGGCAAGUUACAGUGUAAAGCAACAACAAACGAUCAAUGAUCAAAUCCUCUUUGAUCAGCAAGGUCUGUUAAAAAAAGAUCAAAUUGUGACAUCACGAUCAUCAUCGAAUAUAGACAGCAUAUUACCAACAGUGAAAGAUGAACAUUUUAACAAACCAAAUAGUGAUAAUAAUUCCAAUAAGCAACAUGAUUCGAAUAUAUUAUUAUCCUCAGGAGAGAAUAGUUGGGUAAUAGGAAAUGAAAAAAUUAUAACUUCCUUACACAAUGCGCCUGGAACACAUUGGUGGAAUAAAUGGUUAUAUGCAAUUAAUGGAUGGAUGCGAGGUGAUUCUACACGCUACGCCCUUAAGUAUGCUAUUAUUAUGGAGCUUUUAGCUCUAAUGGCCUGGCUGCCGAUUCAAGGUGUCAAUGAUCUAUAUAACGAAAAUCAUGGGCAAUGGGCUCUUUUAUCAGCCAUGAUUGUUGUGAAUUUUACAGUUGGAUCAACAGUUCUUUUAUGUUUCCUUCGUACUAUUGCAACUGUUAUUGGAGCUGUCUUAGCCUAUAUAAGUCUUUUAGCAGCAAACAGGAACGAGAAUCCAUAUGUUUUAUCAGUUUUAACACUUGUAUUUCAAGUCCCAUUGUGGUAUAUCAUGUUAGCUCGUUAUACAUAUUCACGUAUGGGGUUUAUUGCUUUACUGACGAUGGCAGUUGUCAUGUCAACAGGAUAUAUAAAUACGAUACAAGAAGACCUGUUUGAACCUGUUUGGAAACGUACACUAACAGCUAUCUUUGCUAUCAUGCUCGUGCUCAUCAUUGACCAAUUGUUAUGGCCUGUAUGGGCACGUAAGAUGAUGCGUAGGAAUUUAUCAGAUCUUUUGAUAGCUACAGGUAUUCAGUUUUCAAAGGUAGCAUCUCUUGUAAGCCAAGAGGAUGCACAUUCGUAUCACUAUCGAUGUACCCUUCAAGACGUACAAAGAAACACAAAACGACUAAGAGGUCAAUAUCAAUUGACAAGUCAAAUGCUUGUCCUGGCCGGUAUGGAACCUCGUUUGACAAAGGGCAAGUUCCCUAUUGCCGUCUAUCAACAAAUCUUACACCAUGAGCAAAAUAUGCUUUAUUGGAUUGAACAUCUCUUGACGACACAGUCGUAUAUCCCUAUUCAUGUACGUAGAUUAUUAAUACACCCUAUCAACCCUCUUCGUAAAGAAUUGGCGGCCGCGGUUCAUCUUUAUCUUUUCAUAUUAGCUGGCGCAUUACGAACAAAAUCUCCUUUACCUGCUUCACUACCUUCAGCAGAACUUGCGCGUCAAAUUUUGCAACGACGUAUAACACAAAUAAUGCAUACCCAAUUUAACGCAAUCAAUGGUAGUGAAUCAUCCAUCGUCGCAAUAAAUCCGAAUGACUCAGUUGAUACUAAAACAAAUAACAACGAAGAAGCAAAUAAUAAUAGUAAAAGAAAAAAGGAGCAACAAAAAAUACGUUAUGCUGAGAAUCAAAUCUACUGGCAAACAUUUGCAGCGGGUAAUGUUGAACUGAUAAUUGAACAGGAAGCAAUAGGAACAUUAGUUGCAAAACUUAUGGGACAACAUACAUUUAAAGUAGCUACAAGUGAUUAAUUUAUAUAGACGUUCAACGGCAUUUAGACAAGCUAGACGCAACAACUAAAAAAGGAAGAAUAUAUAUGUAUAUAGUUUAAUAGAUAAGCCCUCAUUAUAAAUCAAAUUAGACUAUCUAAAAA